GGAGCGUCCCGGGGCGGGGCCGCCCCGCUUGGAGCAGGGCUCCGGCCGAGGGGUCGGCAGGUCCGGGCAGCGGCCAUGGCGUUGGCCGCCCAAGCCCUGCGGCUGCUGUGCGCCAGCGGCGGCUGCCUGGAGCAGAGGGAGCUCCAGCGGCGGCUGCCGGGCCAGCUCACGGCGGAGCAGGUGGCGCUGGUGCUGCGGGACCCGCAGCGGUUCACGCUGGUGCGGCGGCCCGGCGAGGCGGGGGCCGGGGCGGCGGCGGUGGUGGUGGUGGCCACCAGCCCCCUGCGGCUGUGCCAGGAGGACGGGACGGGCUUUGGGGAAUGUGGUUAUCGAUUCGAGUGGGAGGGUGCGGUGCCCCGGCGGUUUCGGAAGGUAUGCAAGUUUGUUCACAACUUCCACUCGGACCACAAUCUCUAUGUUCUAAAGCAAUAUGGACUUGAGUAUUUUAACAGUGAUGAACUUCGCCAGCUUUUGCUUCAAAAUGACCCUUCCCUCUUACCAGAGGUCUGCUUGUAUUAUAACAAAGGUGAUGGACCUUAUGGAUCUUGUACUUAUAAAAAGAUCUGCACCAAACUGCAUGUUUGCCAGUACUAUUUGCAGGGACAGUGCAGAUUUGGCAGAAGCUGCAAGCGAUCCCAUGACUUAUUUAAGUCAGAAUGUUAUGAGAAACUGGAGAGACAGGGACUCAGCUCAAACAUUAUUGAGAAACUGCCCUCCAUUUAUAGGAACAUGUAUGACAUAAAAAAUGGCGACAGGAACAUGUGUGACAUAGAAGAUGCCAAGUCUUCACCAUGCAAAGAGAGAAAACACAGUUCUAGCCAAGAGUCCUCAACUACAGAUGGUGAUGAAUCGGAACAGAUCUGUUUAUAUCAUCUGUACCGAAGUUGUGGCUUCAAAGACAAGUGUAUCAGGAUUCAUUUUCACUUGCCAUAUAGAUGGCAGGUGUCUGAUGGUAAUACCUGGAAGGACUUGAAGAAUAUGGAAGAAAUAGAAAAAGCAUAUUGUGACCCCAGUAACACCAGAUUUAAUAAUGCUGUCACUGAAAGUGGCUCUGUCUUGUCACGUAUCUGUUUUGUGAAUAUGUGCUGUGGGUUUGCAAAGGUCAGACGUCUUUCUACAGCCUCCUCUGUGACCAAACCCCCUCACUUCAUUCUUACAACAGAAUGGCUCUGGUACUGGAAAGAUGAAUACGGUCUGUGGCAGGAGUAUGGACAAAAAGAUGAUCGUCAUGUGGCUGCCACUGUCUCCAGUGAAGACCUGGAGAAGGCAUAUCUAGCCGAAAGUUCGCCAAAGCUGAACUUCAAAGCUGGAUGUCAUGAAUAUGAACUUGAUUUUGGAGCCAUGAUUCAGAAAAACCUUCGCUACACAACAGAGAGAGAGAUUUGUAGAAGACCUAAAUUUGUCUCUCAGGCAGAGGUAGAAAAGACAAGAAAAAGGGGCUUUAAACAUACAGAAGAGUUUAAGGGCAUUCCAGCUCACUGGGACAGAUCUGCCCUGCCUGAACUGGGAUUCAAGCUGAUUGAGCUUGACAGUUCUUCUGAAGAAUACAAGAAAGUCAAGGUGGACUUUCAACGCACAAUGCCCAAAACAGCUAUUAAAAGGAUUUGUAGAGUUCAGAACCCAUCUCUCUGGGAACUGUAUCAAUGGCAGAAGGAACAAAUGCAGAAGAGCAAUGGUGGAAAGGCUGUGGAUGAGCGAUUUUUAUUUCAUGGGACCAGUAAAAAACACAUUGAUGCCAUCUGCCAGCAAAACUUUGACUGGAGGAUCUGUGGCCUUCAUGGGACAGUCUACGGCAAAGGAAGCUAUUUUGCAAGAGAUGCUUCUUAUUCUGACAACUACUGCAGGGAAGACUUACACACCAAGACCAUGUUUCUGGCACGGGUGCUGGUGGGGGAGUUCACUCUUGGUUGUUCUUCUUAUGUUCGGCCUCCCCUGAAGGACAGUCAAAACUUCUAUGACAGUUGUGUGAAUUGCUCUUUAAACCCUUCUAUCUUUGUUGUCUUUGACAAGCAGCAGAUUUACCCAGAGUAUCUCAUAGAAUACACUGACCAGGCAUUAGCAAAAAUGCUAUAGCACCAAAACCUGUCACCGUUAUGUUCAGCUGGUAUAAACAUUUUUUUUUUAGUAUUGGCUUAAGGGAGAAAAAGUUAUUUUUAGAAGUUAUGUAAUUGGGUGGGUUGAGUGUUCAGAAACAUUUAUUCUCAAUCAUUCCUGUGCAAUAGAAAACAAGGGGUAAAAAGACACAAAGGAUGUCUUAGAAUUCUUAAAACUCUGCGUUUGUCUCCUAUUCUUUAGCAGGUAUCAUGUUUCUCUGCAUUACUAGAGACUUUUAUGAUGUAUUCAUUGAAUUUGCUGAUGGUUGUAACAUGAGGAUUGGUUAUGACUACCAAGUUUAAGCAAUAUUUAGUUAUAAUUGUUUCAAGAUAGAUAUUUACAAGUUCUUGUUGGUCAGAGGCUGUCUUCUACCUGUUUAUCUUUUUUAACUUGAAAUUUGAUAAAACCUGUUUUUUUAAUAAUCUGUCUCCUGUAGCAGUAUACAUCCAGGUGUUCGCAAAUGAGACUCUCUCUGUGCUCAGCUCAUUGCAUAAAUUCUUAGCAGCACUGUUUUUCAGUCCAUACUUAAUCUUCACCAAAAAAGCCUCAAAAAUUAAACUUCCUUGUUAAAAAGGAACAGAGACUUACUUUCACUUGUUAAUUUUCGCAUUUAAAACAAGUACCAAAGACCUGAAGCAUAGCAGGGGUUGCUUGACGUGUCCUACUCAGUUGACUUACUCUGUCAAAUAAAUGAUGUAUUUUAGGUCUGUGAUAACACAAGUUUUUCAUUACUUUCACUGUGCCUACAAAUCAGAGAGUGCUGACAGGUGCUGGGGGGAAGAAGAGGAGGCAACUCCCCCUGUCAUUUAAGAAUAUCGUUCUUAAGAGUGAAAUGCAUUGCUUGAUUAGCAAUACCCUGUUUCUGUGGAGCAACUUAUGGUUCUCUUACAGCUGUUGGGAAAGACAGUAGGUGACUGUCUCUCAUUAGGUGUACUGCCCCUUUGGUUGCAGGAGAUACAAUGGUUACCUGUGUAAUGAAGGUGUGUUUGGAUUUUCUUGCAGGAAAAUCAUGCUUACCUGGGGAGUGAUCUUCAGCCACAGAGCUGAAACUUUAAAAAUCUGAAGAAUAAGUUGAAUAUUUAAUUUUUCCCAGCAAAAGCUGUUAUUAGUGUUGAGCUGUCAGCAUACAUGUAUGCAGAUAAUAAAAAAACUUGAACUGUCAAGUAUUUCUUAUGAUUAAAGUUGCUGAUGCAUAGACAGAUACUUAAUCACAGCUUUAAUGCUCUUAAAUGAGUAUGUUCGCUAUAGUGUACUGCAAAAAGCCUUAUAAUAUACUUUAUAUAGGACCAAAAAAAGCUCAUCUCUACCUGUAUUGUAGAAGCACUUCUUUUUAAUUCAUCUGGAUGAUGACUGACAGAUGUACACUGGGUAAAUCUCUAUUACUUCAGCACUGUGAAGCAGGAGUUUAGCCAUAAUUAGCUGGAGUAAGGCUGUGCAGAACUCCUUUUUAUAUGAACUGUAAAACUAGCAGCAUGCUGUCUAAAGGAAAAUACUCCUAUUUGUGUUUAAACCUAGUAAAACACAGGAUGUGGAAAAGCAAGUUGACUGUAUUCUUUCUUUUGGAAGAUUUGUAAUAGAACAUAUAUGAAAAAUCUCAUGCAAGCAAAUGAGCUUGUCAGCAAAUACUAUAUUCAUUGAGAAGGAAACAUUAUGUAUGAAAGUUUUCAUAUCUAUACAGAAGCUGUCAAAGCAAAAAACCAUUCGUCUACACAUUUAUGGCAAAUGAGAAUGCUGGUGGUAUGCUUUUCUUCUUCUGAACAUAAUCAGCAUUUCAGCUAAAAACUGGAAGAGCUGAAGUCAUGUUAAUCUUUUGCCUGAAAAUUAAAACCAACACUUUUUAAUGCAAA